GUCGCCUGUUUCGCUAGCUUAGAAAAUGAGUACCCUACCUCUCGCUGUUUCAGCACCACGGUAGCUGUGGCACUAAUUGUUCUCUUAAUUGUGUGACCGCGAAGCCAGAUGCGUUGAUUAGUAUUGCAGUGCGCAGCCAGUCUUUUGGGCAAUCCCGCCUUGAUUUCCAAAUUCCCGCCUCCCACUCCCGCACUCCUGAUUCCAUCACUGAGUGUCUCGACGGGGCACUAGGUCACGGAUGUUAACCACGGGGCAAUUACGUUGAGUAAAUGUGGGCUAGGGCAGCAGCAGCAGGUCUUCCAGUCUCUAGCGUUUGGGCAGCAGCAAGCUGUGCUGUUCACACUGUUGUAGACAAAUAACACUGACGGGGGCCAGCAUAGGAUUCUGGACAUUUAUUUUUUUGAUUUCCACUUUUGUCAUCAAUGCUGUGAAGAAGGAAAACGGCUAACGCUAAAACAGGUCGAAGGCGAUUUAUGAAGUGGAAAAGUGCAGGUCUGAUAACGUUUGGACGGCUUUUUUUGCUAAAGACCCUAUCAAUGUUUGGAUGAGAGGCUGCAGUGACGCUAAGGGGUUCAUUUCAUCCCAGAAGUGGGGUAACGGUUUGAAUUGGGAGCCACUCUCACUCCUGUUGCUUCUUUCCUAACUGAACUGACUGAGACUGUGAUGAAAUGUAAUUCAGAUCACAAGACCGGGAAAGACAAACUUCGUUGCCCGUAGGCAAAGGUAGACGUUUUCUGGUUUCUUUGAAAUUAAAAGGAAGGAAAUGAUCCCUCAAACUAGUGUUGGAGAUGACCAUACUGAGAAUGAGAACCCAGAGGAAGAGCAGCCGCCCCUCUCCCCUGCUUCUACUUCCAGCCAGGAAUCCAAGCUACAAAGGCUAAAAAAGUCAUUGUCAUUCAAGACAAAGAGUUUACGAAGUAAAAGUGCAGAUAACUUUUUCCAGAGGACAAACAGUGAUGUAAAGCUACAGGUAGAUCUUCUUACUCAUGAAGAUGGCACCAGCACUGGACAGCUCUCUACCCCAGAAAGUCUGAGUUCCACUCCGACCAAAACGCAGCAGCAGCACACUGACUCCAGGAACCACACAUUUCAGGAAUACGUCUUCAAAAAACCAACCUUCUGUGAUGUUUGCAAUCAUAUGAUUGUUGCUCCUGAGCAGAUAGAAGACAACUGGCUGACCUUUCAGAAGCAUAUGGAAUGCCUCUCCAGACACAAAGGAACAAAUUCAAAACAUGGACUUCGAUGCAAAGCCUGUAAGAUGAGCAUUCAUCACAAGUGUUCAGAAGGCAUUGAUCAGCAGCGAUGCAUGGGCAAGCUGCCAAAAGGAUUCAGGCGUUAUUAUAGUUCCCCAUUGCUUAUUCAGGAACAAUAUGGCUGCAUCAGGGAAGUUAUGCCUAUUGCAUGUAGUAGCAAAGUUGACCCUGUGUAUGAAGCACUUCGUUUUGGUACCUCGUUAGCUCAAAAAACAAAGAAGACAUCAUGUGGAAGUGUAUCAGAAUCUCCUGAUAGAAGCUCUACCUCAGAUUUAGCUGAUGUCCCUGAAGAAGGAAAUGGACCUUCUAACUUGUCAGAUGGAAACAGCAAGCACAGUGACAGUGUGUUUAAUUCCUUAGAAAAUGGUACUGAAGACUUAAAUGAAGAAGAACAAACGUCUGAGAACAUUGUGGUUCACACUCGUAAGGACCCUUUUCUGUUGAACACCUAUGUUGCCUUAUAUAGAUUUGUACCUCAGGAGACUCAAGAUUUGGAGAUAAGGCCGGGUGACAGGAUUUGUCUUCUAGAUGAAUCCAAUGAAGACUGGUGGAAGGGUAAAGUUGAAGACAGAGUAGGCUUUUUCCCUGCUAACUUUGUCCAGAGAGUUCGAGCUGGAGAAAGAAUUUUCAGAUGCACUAGAACAUACAUUGGCUGCAAAGAGCAGGGACAAAUAACUAUUAAAGAAGGACAGACAAAGAAUAUAGUAAAAGGUCAAACGGUGCAUUUAUCAAGACUGGUUACUGAUGACCACUUGUUUGAGAAGGAAAUAAAAUUAUUGGUCUGUGUGUCUGGUGAGGAUGAGCACAAUGGGUUUUUGAAAGUCUACAGUGGAAAGAAGAAGGGCUUUGUACCUAUUGAUGUGCUAGAGAUCAUCUGAUUUGAGAAAUUUCUUUUCAUUACUAUGAGGCCUUGCUUUGGUGCCUAUCUAUUUCAUCUCGCACACUGCUUCAGAAGAGAUGCCCUGCAGACCACUGAUGAAGAAUAGAAUUGCACUUGAACAUUAAGACUAUUUAAUGCAUAUAUAGCUGUGAGGAAAACCUAAGAACGCCAAAGAAAUUUGUGAAAGGAUAAAGGAAGUCAGUUUCUUCUAGAUGAGCUAACUUAACUUCCUCCCUUCUCGGUUCAAGAUGGAAGGCAGCUGAAAUGUUCACUCUGAGUAUAUCUGUGAUUUAAAGAAAACAAACAAUAUUUAUGUAUGUUUGCUUGUCUUUAAGGAUAUAAAAGGUGAAAUAGUAUUUAUUGAGGACAAAGUGCUUUGUUCUAGUUUUACUUUAUAUUAUUUUUAUUUUGCAGAGAUUACUUAUGUGAAGAUGUAACAAGUCAGCAGAAUUAGCAGUGUAAUAAAUGCAGUAUUUCUUUGGUGUAAGAGUAGCAGCUUCACUUCCACAAGCCAAGUGGAACACAAUGAUUAAUUUAUAAAUACUUAUUAGAAGCUAUAAUAUGACAAAUGGCUGUCAUUAGCCACAUGGGCUGUAUUGCAGUAUGGUCAUUUAUGAUGCUUAAUAAAUGUAAAAUAUUUUUAAAAUAUAAAAAGAA